AAUCCCCACCUUGUGCACUCUUGGUCUAUCUCCGGCCGAUAAGACCGCUCAUAAAGCCAGGGCCCCAGCCAAGUCCAGGAUUCCUACGGACUCACCAUGAUCAGGGCGCUGCUGCUGUCUGCACUGGUGGCUGGAGCUCUCAGCUGUGGGCUCCCCACUUACCUGCCCCAUCUGCCCAGAGUGGUUGGCGGUGAAGAUGUGAGGCCCAACAGCUGGCCCUGGCAGGUCUCCCUGCAGUUCAGCUCCAAUGGCCAGUGGCGCCACACCUGUGGAGGGACCCUGGUGGCCCAAAACUGGGUCCUGACCGCUGCCCACUGCAUCAGCUCCUCCAGGACCUACCGCGUGGUGGUGGGCCGCCACAGCCUCUCCGUGGACGAGCGUGGCUCUCUGGCCGUCAAGGUCUCCAAGAUCGUGGUGCACAAGGACUGGAACUCCAGCCAGCUCUCCAAAGGGAACGACAUUGCCCUGCUCAAACUGGCCAGCCCUGUCCCCCUGAGUGACAAGAUCCAGCUGGGCUGCCUCCCUCCCGCCGGCAAAAUCCUUCCCAACAACUACACCUGCUACGUCACAGGCUGGGGAAGGCUACAGACCAACGGGGCUACUCCUGACAUCCUGCAGCAGGGAAAGCUGCUGGUUGUGGACUAUGCCACGUGCUCCCGCUCUGACUGGUGGGGCAGCUCCGUGAAGACCAACAUGAUCUGUGCUGGGGGUGAUGGCAUCAUCUCCAGCUGCAACGGAGACUCCGGAGGACCCCUGAACUGCCAGAAGGACGACGGCCAGUGGGAGGUGCACGGCGUGGUCAGCUUCGGGUCCUCCCUGGGCUGCAACUACUACCACAAGCCCUCUGUCUUCACCCGCGUCUCCAACUACAUCGACUGGAUCCAUUCGGUGAUGGAAAAUAACUAACCACCAGAAGUUCCCAGCACUGUUUCAAACUUGGCAGGCCCCAGAGGAAAAUAAUAAAGUGACAACAACAUGAA